GUGCGAUCAUUGCGAUGCGACAGAGCGCAGAAUCGCAGUGUAGCAGACAGCUGCGUGAUCGGAAGGGUGUCGUGGGGUAAAAGAUGUUACGCUCGAUCAUGUUUUCGCCCACCAUUAAUCAGGGCCUGGCGUCCCUUAUAAGGAACAACAUUGCUCUAUCAGGAAGCCCAGGCUCCCUGGUUUGCCAGGCCAAACAUGUAUCCACAGGAGUGGCAUCGCAAAGUCAAGAUUUACCGAACAAAGUCGAAAAGAAGCCCUAUAGUCCUUUCCAAAACACCAGCAACUUGGCUGAAUAUGCAGUGGCAAGAUUAGACGAUCUCUUGAAUUGGGGCCGUAAAGGGUCAAUGUGGCCACUUACCUUUGGCUUAGCUUGCUGCGCUGUUGAGAUGAUGCACAUCGCUGCACCCAGAUACGAUAUGGACAGAUAUGGAGUUGUAUUCAGAGCUUCUCCAAGACAGGCUGAUAUCAUCAUAGUUGCUGGUACCUUAACAAAUAAAAUGGCACCGGCAUUGAGGAGGAUUUACGAUCAGAUGCCUGAACCGAGAUGGGUCAUAUCGAUGGGAAGCUGCGCGAAUGGUGGUGGUUACUACCAUUACAGUUACUCUGUUGUCAGGGGUUGUGAUAGAAUUCUGCCAGUGGACAUAUACGUGCCAGGUUGUCCCCCAACAGCAGAAGCUUUAAUGUUUGGAAUCCUUCAGUUACAAAAGAAGGUGAAACGGAUGGAAACUGUACAGACAUGGUACAGGAAGUAAUGUAAAUAUGAUAACUGUAGCAAUUUAUAUAUAAUUCUUAAAUUAUAACAGAAAAUAUAAUGGAAGUAAUAAACGAAACUAUGAAUUAUUUUGAAUAAUAACUAUAGAUCGUUAAAUGGA